CCCCCGUCCGGUGCCCAGCGUGGGCCUGGAGGAGGCUCCGAGGCCAUGGAGGCUUUCUGCGGGUCCCGGUUCUGGGACUCAAACCUUUCAGUGCACACUGAUAAUCCAGACCUGACUCCGUGUUUCCAGAACACCAUCCUGGCAUGGAUCCCCAGCAUUUACCUGUGGAGUGCUUUACCCUUCUACCUGCUCUACCUGAAGCACAACAGCCGAGGGUACAUUGUGCUGUCUGUGCUGAGCAGGUUCAAGACGCUGCUGGGUGCUCUGCUGUGGUGUGUGAGCUGGGCAGACCUCUUCUACUCCUUCCAUGAGCUCCUGCAGAACAGAACCCCCGCGCCAGUGUACUUCGUGACUCCGCUGAUCGUUGGCAUCACUGUGCUGUUAGCCACGUUGCUUAUUCAGCAUGAAAGGCUGAGGGGAGUUCAGUCCUCUGGAGUGCUCAUUAUCUUCUGGUUUCUGUCUGUGCUCUGUGCUGUGCUGCCUCUCCGCUCUAAGAUCAUGACUACAGCAGCACAGGGCCAUGUAAAUGAAAGGUUCAGGUUUACCACAUUUUACAUCUACUUUGCUUUGGUAAUCAUUGAGCUGAUCCUUUCCUGCUUUAAAGAAAAGCCUCCAUUCUUCUCCCCUGUUAGUACAGACCCUAAUCCAUGUCCAGAGCUUACAUCGGGCUUCCUGUCAAGGUUGACCUUUUGGUGGUUCACAAGCAUGGUGGUUCUGGGGUACAAAAAGCCCCUUGAAGAUAAAGAUUUGUGGUCGCUGAACAAAGAUGACACUUCCAAAGUUAUUGUGCAGCAACUAAGUGAGGAGUGGGACAAAGAAAAAGCAGAGUGCAAACAGAAAGAUGAUGUGACCUACAUGAAGAACUCAAACCAUGUGCUGAAUCAUGUUGGUGGUGGUCCAGAGGAAGCAGAAGUUCUGAUCAGAGACAAAAAGCAAACCAGAAAGCCUUCCUUUCUCAAAGCUUUGCUGAGGGCCUUCGGGCCAUACUUCUUAAUCAGCAGCUUCUUCAAGCUGAUACAGGAUCUGCUUUCUUUUGUCAACCCUCAGCUGCUAAGCAUCUUAAUCAGCUUCAUUAAGAACAAGGAUGCUCCAGCCUGGUGGGGCUUUCUGAUUGCAGCCUUGAUGUUCAUCUGUGCUGUGCUCCAGACACUCAUACUCCACCAGCACUUCCAGUACUGUUUUGUUACUGGGAUAAGGCUGAGAGCUGGGAUCACUGGAGUGAUCUACCGAAAGUCCCUAAUCAUCACAAACUCAGCGAAGCGCUCAUCUACUGUUGGAGAGAUUGUCAACUUGAUGUCAGUGGAUGCCCAACGCUUCACAGACCUGAUGCCUUUCCUGAAUAUGUUGUGGUCUGCACCACUCCAGAUAUUCCUGGCUUUGUAUUUCCUCUGGCAGGCUUUAGGGCCUUCCGUGCUGGCAGGAGUUGCCGUGAUGGUUUUACUCAUCCCCUUUAACUCUGCAAUAGCAAUGAAAACCAGAGCGCUACAGGUGCAGCAGAUGCGCUACAAGGACUCCCGCAUCAAGCUGAUGAAUGAGAUCCUGGGUGGCAUCAAGGUGCUGAAGCUGUAUGCCUGGGAGCCCUCCUUCUCGGGGAAGGUGCUGGAGAUCCGGCAGAACGAGCUGCGGGUGCUGAGGAGAGCUGCCUACCUCAGCUCCUUGUCCAACUUCGCCUGGGUCAGUGCCCCGUUCCUGGUAGCUCUGACCACAUUUGCUGUGUAUGUCCUGGUGGAUGAGAAGAACAUCCUGGAUGCAGAAAAGGCUUUUGUCUCCCUCUCCUUGUUCAACAUCUUAAAGUUUCCUCUCACUAUGCUUCCACAAGUCAUUGGCAGCCUUGUGCAGACAAGUGUUUCCCUAAAGAGAAUUCAGCAGUUCCUGAGUCAUGAUGAAUUGGAUCCAAACUGUGUGGAAAGAAAAGCAAUGGCACCAGGCAAUGCCAUCAGUGUGAUACAUGGGACAUUCAGCUGGGGGAAGGAGCUGAAGCCAUCGCUGACAGAUAUAAAUCUGUUGGUGCCCAGUGGUGCUUUGGUUGCCAUUGUUGGCCAUGUUGGCUGUGGGAAGACUUCUCUGGUGUCUGCUCUCCUGGGUGAAAUGGAAAAGCUGGAAGGAGAAGUGGCUGUGAAGGGUUCUGUUGGUUAUGUGCCUCAACAAGCCUGGAUCCAGAAUGCCACGCUGAAAGAUAACAUUUUGUUUGGCCAAGCUCCCAACGAAGAGAAGUACCAGCAUGUCCUGGAGGCCUGUGCUUUGAAACCUGACCUGGAGGUGCUGCCAGGAGGGGACCAGACAGAGAUCGGGGAGAAGGGCAUCAACCUGUCAGGGGGCCAGCGGCAGCGGGUGAGCCUGGCACGCGCGGUGUACAGUGGCGCGGACCUCUACCUGCUGGACGAUCCUCUCUCUGCUGUGGACUCACACGUGGCCAAGCACAUCUUUGACAGAGUCAUUGGGCCAGAUGGGGUCCUUAAAGGCAAAACCCGAGUUCUGGUGACCCAUGGAAUCAGCUUCCUGCCUCAGGUCGACCACAUCAUUGUCCUGGUGGAUGGCAAAAUCUCUGAAAUGGGAUCCUACCAAGAGCUUCUGAAACAGAACAAGGCCUUUGCAGAGUUCCUGCGCAACUACGCCUUGGAGGAGAACAUUGAGGAGGAUGAGCCAACAAUGUUGGAGGAUGAGGUUCUGCUGGCUGAGGACACCCUCAGCAUCCACACUGAUCUUGCAGACAAUGAGCCAGUGACCAGCGAGGUCCGCAAGCAGUUUCUUAGGCAACUCAGUGUCGUCUCUUCUGAGGGAGGAGAAUGUCCCAACAAAACGUCAGCCAAGCGAAGGGUCUGUGAAAAGAAGCCAGCAGAGCCCCCUCUGCCCAGGAAGAAUCCCAACGAGAGGCUUGUCCAGGCUGAGACCACUGAAACAGGCAGAGUGAAGCUCUCAGUGUUCUGGCAGUACAUGAAGGCUGUCAGCCCUGUCCUUUCACUGCUGAUUUGCUUCCUCUAUUGCUGCCAAAACGCUGCUGCCAUCGGGGCAAACGUGUGGCUCAGCGACUGGACCAACGAGCCGGUGGUGAAUGGCACCCAGCACAACACAGCCACGCGGGUUGGGGUCUACGCCGCCCUGGGCCUCCUGCAAGGCCUCCUAGUGCUCAUCUCCUCCUUCAUCCUGGCCAUGGGGGGCAUCAAGGCGGCACGGGUGCUGCACACGGCGCUGCUGGAGAACAAAUUCCACACCCCGCAGGCCUUCUACGACACCACCCCCACGGGCCGCAUCAUCAACCGCUUCUCCAAGGACAUCUACAUCGUCGACGAGGUCCUGCCACAGACCAUCCUGAUGGCCCUUGGCACCUUCUUCACCUCCUUGUCCACCCUGAUUGUCAUCCUGGCAAGCACUCCGCUCUUUGCCGUGGUGGUGGUGCCCCUGGCCGUGCUGUACUUCUUUGUUCAGCGAUUCUAUGUGGCCACCUCACGCCAGCUGAAGCGCCUGGAGUCAGUCAGCAGGUCCCCCAUCUACUCACACUUCUCAGAGACAGUGUCAGGAGCCAGCGUCAUCAGAGCCUACAGAAGGGUGAAGUCCUUCAUAGACAUCAAUGACCUGAAGGUGGAUGAAAACCAGAGGAGUUACUACCCUGGCAUAGUGUCAAACAGGUGGCUGGGGGUCCGAGUGGAGUUCGUGGGGAACUGCGUUGUCCUCUUUGCUGCCCUCUUUGCUGUGGUGGGGAGGAACACACUGAAUGCUGGCCUGGUGGGACUGUCGGUGUCCUACGCACUGCAGGUGGUGAUGUCUCUGAACUGGAUGGUCCGGAUGGCUUCUGACCUGGAGAAUAACAUUGUGGCUGUCGAAAGGAUAAAAGAGUAUUCAGAAACAGAAACAGAGGCUCCCUGGGUGAUUGAGGGCAAGAGACCCCCAGAGGACUGGCCUUCCAAGGGAGAGCUGGAGUUUGUGAAUUACUCAGUGAGGUACAGGAAGGGCCUGGAUCUGGUGCUGAAGGGGAUAAACCUCCAAGUGCAUGGUGGAGAAAAGAUUGGAAUCGUUGGCAGGACCGGAGCAGGGAAGUCCUCCAUGACCCUCUGUCUCUUUAGGAUCCUGGAGGCUGCGAAAGGGGAGAUCAGAAUUGAUGGUGUCAACAUUUCAGAGAUUGGUCUCCAUGACCUGCGGUCCAGGCUAACAAUUAUUCCUCAGGAUCCUGUUCUCUUUUCUGGAACACUGAGAAUGAAUCUGGACCCAUUUAAUAAGUAUUCAGAUGAAGAAAUAUGGAAAGCUCUUGAACUGUCUCACCUGAAGAGGUUUGUCAGCAGUCAGCCAUCCAUGUUGGACUACGAAUGCUCAGAAGGUGGAGAAAACCUUAGUGUAGGCCAGAGGCAGCUGGUCUGCCUGGCCAGAGCCCUGCUCCGCAAGAGCAGAGUCCUGGUGCUGGACGAGGCGACGGCAGCCAUCGACCUGGAGACCGAUGACCUCAUCCAGAGCACCAUCAGGAGCCAGUUUGAGGCCUGCACGGUGCUGACCAUAGCGCACAGGCUGAACACCAUCAUGGACUACACCAGAAUUCUUGUUCUGGACAACGGGACUGUGGCUGAAUUUGAUACCCCCAGCAGACUUAUAGCAGCCAAGGGCAUCUUCUACAGCAUGGCCAAAGAUGCUGGACUGGCAUGAGAAGACCCCUGGGGUUUGGAGGUGUUUUUUACUGUUAUUAACUUGCCUCAAGAGUGACUUCUGAAUGUACUGUAAUUUACAAACCAGAUUUUGUACUAGAUUAACCUCAUGAUUGUGACCAGAGUCUUUCACAGCUCUAAGGGCCAGAAAGUGAUUUUUUUAUAUUUUUUAAUAUUUUCUGUACACAUGAAGUAUUUUAUUACUUGCCUUUUUUUCCCAAGGAAUGACAAAUGUUCUGCCAAGGAAACGUGUGCAGGGCAAUGUGUGCUGUGUUCGGGUUUAUAAUUAGUAAAUUAUG